CCCCACCUUAUCCAACUCUCUGUUUCAAAGCAAGCAUAUGCCCUUCAAUGGAUCCCUUUGUGAGCUUUCUCCUCCACCCAGAUGCACGCACAUAACUUGAAAAACAACAACUUUCCCAUUAAACCAUUUUCUCUGUACACUUUGUGCUUCUUUGAAUAACAAAGAGGCACUAAGUCACAUCCAUCUCCACUAUCACCAUUCAUGGCUUGUGCAACAACAAGACCCACCUUCUCUUUCCACCUCUCAACCUCUUUUUCCCAACAUUCUCAUCCAAAACCCAAAACCCAAUUCACAAACCCAACUCUCCUUCCCAAGAUCCCAAGCAUAUCACUCUCACUUACUCACAAGCUCCAUAAACCAAACAAUUUGACUACAAACUCUAUUGAUGUCUCUAAAGAAGAUAAACCAACAUCAGAUGAGCCUGCUUCUCCUCCUCCCACCUCCUAUAUAGAGCCAGAGCCAGAACAAGAAGAAGCAGCAGAAACAACAUUUGAUAAGCGCAGGCUUGAAGAGAAGUUUGCAGUUUUGAAUACAGGGAUAUACGAAUGCAGGUCUUGUGGGUACAAAUAUGAUGAGGCAGUGGGAGACCCAUCAUAUCCAAUCCCACCAGGAUUGCAAUUUGAUAAGUUACCUGAGGAUUGGAGGUGCCCAACAUGUGGGGCUGCACAGAGCUUCUUUGUGAGUAAGAGUGUGGAGAUAGCUGGGUUUGCUCAGAACCAGCAGUUUGGGCUUGGUGGAAAUGCACUCACUUCUGGCCAGAAGGCUGUGCUCAUAUUUGGGGGCUUGUUCCUUUUCUUUGUGCUUUUCUUGUCUGGCUAUUUUCUGCAAUAAUGAAUGGGAGGGAGGUAUGAUAUGAGCCCUUUUUCUUUUAUAUGUGAAAAUAUAAUAAUUCAAGUCACUUGAGUAACCAGAGAGGUAUAGUAUCUUUUGUUUCUGAGAAGGUUUGUGUAUUGAAUUGUGGCAUAGGUUCCGUCCCAUGGACAUAGCAUUUCAAACAUUGUGAUGUGAAAAGAACCUCUUUUACAUUUGUAUAAUGUCAAAGCUUGACUUUUUGGGGGAAA